CCAAAAUAGAUAUGGCUACCAACGAAUUGAAAGCUUUUUGUGGGGCCAAUUUCAAGGGGACUAAAAUGGCUGAACAUUUUAAAUGCUCCACUAAAUCUGUAUACAGACGAUUAAAAGACGAGGGGCUAAGUAACAGAUACAGUGACAUAACCAAAGAAGAUCUAGAUGCCCAAAUCCUGGAUUUGAAAUCUUCUUUUCCAAAAGCAGGACUGCAGAUGAUGCAAGGUUACUUAGUGUCCAGAGGGAUAUGUGUACAACGCGAAAGAGUAAGAGAAUCUUUAAGACGUCUUGAUCCAGAAGGGUGUGUUGAAAGAUGGUCUACGGCAGUACACAGAAGAAGGUACAGCGUACCAACACCAAAUCAUCUAUGGCACAUGGACGGACACAUGAAACUCAUCAGAUGGGGAUUUGCUACACAUGGUUGCAUUGAUGGUUUCAGUCGAUUCAUCACCUUCCUGAGAUGUGGUAUUAACAACACUGCAUCUACUGUGCUACAGCUUUUUGUGUUCGCGUGCUGUUCGUAUGGUGUACCAAGCAGAGUCAGGUCAGAUCAUGGUGGAGAAAACACCAAAGUUGCUUUGUUUAUGAAUUUGAUCAGGCAAAGAACUAGCCACAUCACAGGCAAGUCGGUGCACAAUCAGAGGAUUGAGAGGCUAUGGAGGGACAUGCAUACCCAGGUAACCUCCAAAUUUUAUAAUGAGUUCUAUCAGAUGGAAGAGGACCCAGUGAUAAAUUUGGACCCAGACAACAUGAUCCACCGUUCGGCCCUACAAUAUGUUUAUUUGCCAGCAAUAAACAGAAGUCUGGAAGAGUUCAGAAAUGGCUGGAAUGGCCACAAGAUUAGGUCUGAGGGACACAUGUCCCCAUCACAAAUAUGGAUGUCGGAAAUGUUGGAUAACAUGAGCUCGGGAUAUACACCAACAUCCUAA